CACAAUUUGACUCACAAGCUACAACUGUUGAAAGAUCUCCCAAUCCAGUGGAUUAGACUAUAUACCGAGAGCAUGGCAGCCACUGUAGUCCCUAGUGUAAUGGUUAAUCUUAAAGCUCUAAAUUAUGACAACUAUGAGCACUGGAGCUUUCGGGUGAAAACAUACUUGAUGGCUGAAGGUCUGUGGGACGUUGUCCAAGGCACAGAUAACGGGGAAGCCGAAUUGGAAAAUAACGCCAAAGACGAAGAAGCUAAAUCCAAGGCUUGGCAGAAAAAUAAUGCCAAAGCCUUGCAUGCUAUCCACAUAUCUUGCGGGGAGGAUGCGGAGUCCUCUAUCAGGGGCAUCAAGAAUGCGAAAGAUGCUUGGGAUAGAUUGGCUACAGAGUUCAAGUCUGUUGAAAUUUCAGAACUUCCAGUAAGGGAUGGGGAUCAGAAUUAUCAGACCUAUGCACCUUUCUUCAGUAAUGUGGGGGCCCGGCAUUGGGAGGAAGUAAAGAAGUUUCUAGGACAACAUCCAGAGGCAGCAAGAGUAAGGUUGCCAGCGGGGCUGACAGCUCUUAGCAACGCAGUCUCGACGAAGGACGUGGAAGGUGUAAAAGAGUUGCUGUCGGUUAUGAAAGAGACAUAUUUGAAAAUACUCGGCGAUGCUCUUUCUACGGCUAUAAAUAAAGGGAGUGACUCAGAUGUGAUGAUCGAAAUUAUUAAGUGCGUAGUUGAGAAGAACGAGAAACUACUCCUUCGCCAUGACCCCACCCGUGGAGUUCCACUUUGGUUGGCUCUGCAUGCCAACAAACCAAAAAUGGUUCACUAUCUUAAGUCGGUUACUCCACUUGAAAAGCUAAACAGGAGGGACGGCGCUGAGCUUAUUUCUACGGGUCUGAGAGUAAAUCGUUUCGGUAUAUGCAAACCACCUACACCUACACCUACACCUACCCGUGAGGUUUCUAUAGAUGUUCAUAAAGAAGAGAGAGUUCAUUCUGCCAAAAAAGAAGAAGAAGAGAAAGUUCAUUCUGCCAAAAAAGAAGAAGAAGAGAAAGAUCAAGGCAAUCAGAAGCAUCUCAUUCGCAAAGUUGCCUGUUUCUUUGGGGAACUAAUUGCCAAUCUCCGUCACCCUUUUGGAAACAAUCCUAUGUAUCGAAAGAAAUUGCUCCUUGACCAAGCCUUGGAAAUUAUAGUUCGCAUGUGUAAACCGUUAAAAGACGACAAACUUGAAGGCAAACCUAGGCAACGAGAGCUUGUCAAGAAAGCACUUUUCAAAGCAGUAGAACGAGGACAUGCUCCAAUCAUCAGUCACAUAUUGAAAUCUGAUCCAUCGUUCUGUCUGAUCACUAAUGGACAUGAAAAGACCAUAUUUCAACUUGCUGCUGAGUAUCAAAAAGACAGUAUUUUUAACCUGUUAUAUGGGUUUGAGAAAUCGGACAGAAAAGACAUUGUAGGCAUGACAGAUAAGUUUGGGGACAACAUGCUGCAUGCGGUAGGAAAGAUCUCCCCACUAACACAGAUCGGUCAUAUUCAGGGUCCAGCUUUGCAAAUGCAGAAAGAACUACAAUGGUUCAAGAAGGUGGAGCGCUUGGCAAGUCCCGAGGAUCUUGAGCGUAUAAAUUCUGAUGGUCUGACACCACGUGAGGUAUUUACUAUGAAUCAUAGAGAUAUGGUGGAGGCAGGAGAAAAGUCAAUGAAAGAAACUGCAACUUCUUCUUCGGCACUUGUAGCUGCUCUUAUCAUUACUAUUAUGUUCGCUGCAGCUGUGACAGUUCCUGGUGGAAUUAAGGGGGAAACAGGUAUUCCCAUAUACUUAAACACAAAGGCAUUUAGGAUUUUUAUGGUUGCAGAUGUUAUAUCACUCUGCUCUUCCACUACUUCAGUAAUGGUAUUUUUGGGAAUCCUCACAUCACGUUUUGCAGAAGACGAUUUCCUCACAUCUUUGCCCACAAAAUUGAUAAUUGGCUUUUUAACCCUAUUUCUAUCUAUUGGGGUCAUGAUGAUUGCCUUCUCUUCUGCCAUUUUCAUUAUGCUCCCGGAAAAACCAUCGAUUGUUAUUCCAUCUAUUUUACUUGCUAGUGUUCCAAUUGCCGCAUUCCUAUGGAUGCAAUUUCCGUUCCUUCGUGAGAUCAUUAUUUCGACUUAUGGAUUUAGGGAAUUUAGAGUAUUUAAAGGGAAACAGGAAAUGUUUAAUCUUGAUGUCUGAUGUUUCUCUUUGGUUUGCUACUUUGUAAUAAGAAGCUUUGUAAAGAUGAGACAAUUUACUUGCUUCGAUCUUGUAAUAAAUACUCCAACUUCCAAUUUU